AUUGCUACUAGGGACUAUCAUAGGUACACCACGGAAAUGUGGGGGAUAAACCAAUCGUCAUAUGUGGGGUCUAUGACUCCUUCGGAUCCUUUGAUCGGCUAUAUUCUCUACCGGUUAUAUCUCUACUCUACUUCAACAUCUACCCACGCGAAGACUUAACCUAACAUACUACGCAAAACUACAAUCCUACAAUCCUAUCUGAACUCACCUGUCAUCACGAUUACCAACAUGUCGCAACUCAAACUCGCAAUCCUAGACGACUACCAGAAUAUCUCUCCACCCCAUUUCGCCCAUCUCGAGUCCCGCAUCUCAAUCUCCUACUUCCCGGAAACGCUCGACCCACGCGAUAAACGCCAACAUGCGCUCCUGAUCGAGCGCCUCCAGCCCUUCGACGUAAUUCUCGCCAUGCGCGAACGCACUCCGUUUUCUAAGGAAACGCUCUCCGCGCUCCCGAACUUGAAACUCCUCCUGACCACGGGCACUCGCAAUCUCGCCCUGGACGUGCAAUACUGUGCGUCGCGCGGAAUUCCCGUCGCCGGAACCGGGGGCCGACCGGCGGGGGUCCAUUCGACGGUACAACAUACCUGGGCUUUGAUCCUAGGUUUAGCGCGACAUGUUGCGCGGGAUGAUGCGGCUGUUAAGCGGGGAGAAUGGCAGGGGUCGCUUGGAAUGACGCUGGCGGGGAAGACAUUGGGAUUGCUGGGACUAGGAAAGUUAGGUUCGCAAGUUGGGCGGAUAGCGGUUGUGGCUUUCGAUAUGAAGGUGAUUGCGUGGUCUACGAAUCUGACGCAGGAGAAGGCGGACGAGCAGGCUGCGGCUUUGGGGUUGCCGGCGGGUAGUUUCCAAGCUGUUCGGGACAAGGCUGAGUUUUUCCGUAGCGCGGAUGUGGUGAGUCUUCAUAGUGUAUUGUCGGAGCGGAGUCGGGGCAUCGUCGGUGCUGCAGAGUUGGAGGUUAUGAAGCCAACGGCGAUCCUGGUGAAUACGUCGCGGGGUCCGUUGGUGGAGGAGAAGGCAUUGUUGGAGACGCUGAAUGCGGGUCACAUCCGUGGGGCGGCCCUGGACGUUUUCGACCCCGAGCCUCUGCCUAAGGAUAGCCCCUGGCGGACAACGGCGUGGGGUCAAGACGGACGGAGUGAGGUGGUGUUAUCACCGCAUACGGGAUAUGGGGAUGAACAGAUUCAUGGGUGGUAUGAUGAGGUGGCCAGUAAUUUGGAGAGGUGGUUGAAUGGGGAGGAAUUGAACACGCGCAUGAAUUGAAUUGCAUUGCAUUGAAAGGGGGCAAUCAACAUUUGGUCGCAGAAGAUCGAGAAUGGCAUGCGGGACGAUUUGAAGAGACUAAAGUCUUAAAGGACAAGUUGCAUACAGAAGCGUGUGAUGUCGUGCAUGUGAUCCGGAUGUGUAACCUUUUUGGCUAAGGUAUGCUUCACCGAGUCCCAAUCUGUCCUUAGAGCCAAUUUCUUUCCUGUCCAAAUGAAGCUUAAUUAAAAGACUCGUUUCGUCGUAUUCUGGGUUUCAUGUGGAUUUCGUCAUAGUGGGAUAUAGUGGGGGAUCUCCGUGGACCAGGAAAUCGAGCUGUUUUCUGUACCUCGGAUCCUGUGCCAGCGCAAAACCAUCCAGACACUCCGACGUCGAAAGAGUUGAAUCAAG